AUGGCUACCCCUAGUGUCCUCGCUUUUGACGCUGAGGGUCGAGCCAUUGACUUUGAGGUCUGGGUCGACGACCUGCAGCUGUUUUUACAGUGCGAUAGGGCGGACGGUCUUUCUCUCUUUGACCUCACCUCUGGCGCCUCUCCUGCCCCUGCUGCUGAUACUGACCCCACUGUUCGCUCUCAGUGGGCUACCCGCGAUGCUGCUGCACGUCUUGCUGUGCGUCGCCACCUUCCUACCACUGAGCGCGCGCACUUUAGUCAGUACAAGAGUGCUCAGACCUUGUACAACGCUGUAGUUGCGCGCUACUCUUCCCCUACCACUGCUGCACUGAGCCACCUCAUGCUACCGUACCUCUUUCCUAACCUUACUGCCUUUCCCACAGUCGCUGACCUCAUCACGCACCUCUGCACUAGUGACACCCGCUACCGCGCCGCGCUUCGUGCUGAGUUCUGCGCCAAGAACCCCCCCCCCAUUCGGUCGGCGCGGCGUCUGCCCCCAGCGGGAGACGCCGCCCUGGCAAGGGCAAGGGGGGCAAGAGCGCGGGUGGAGCUGGCGGGGGCGGUGGAGGUGGCGGUGGAGGCGGCGGAGGGAGUGGGGGUGGGGGUGGGAGUAGUGGCGGGGGUGGUGGUGGUGGUGGCAGCAGCGGAGGCGGAGGCGGUGGCGGCGGCGGUGGUGGCGGAGGCGGAGGCGGCGGUGGUGGCGGAGGUGGAGGCGGCGGUGGCGGAGGGGGUGGAGCUGGUCGGGGUGGUGCCCCGCAGCGGAGCGGCUCUGGUGGUGGUCAGCGCCAGCAGUAGCAGCAGCAGCAGCGGUCUCGGGACAUCCCCCCGCCUCAGCAGCUCCUGUGGGGGUGCCCACAUCACCCAGCGCUACUUUGGCCGCCUGACGGACGCUUGGCAUCAGCAGUUCCCCGAGGCUAGUGAGAUUCCCCGCUGGGGAGAGCUGUCUAGGGCUGGUGUAGCUAUCUUUGAUCUUGACUUUGAUGCUAUCCUUGCUGCCAUGUAUGCUGUGACUAUUAGUGAUGAGGGUGACUGUUACUGGUGUUUCUCGCCCGACCCGGGCAUUGGUACUCCUGCGCUAGGUGCUUGUGAGGCUGCUGCUCUAGGUGCCAGUGCGUCUGCGCUCUCAAGUACUGGUAAGGCUGCGCUCUCAGGCACUGCGUCGACUUCGGCCUCCCUCACCUUCACACUUGACUCAGGUGCUUCUCGCUCCUUCUUUCGAGACCGCACCACACUCACGCCGCUUGGUCGGCCGGUUGCAGUCUCCCUGGCUGACCCCUCUGGGGGUCCUGUCCUCUCUCACUUCUCCACUGUCCUCCCGUGUCCGGCUGCCCCCUCGGGCACCCUGUCUGGUCUGUACCUCCCCUCGUUCUCGACGAACUUGGUGAGUGGUGCUGACCUGCAAGAUGCGGGGGUGCACCAGUUUACUCCUGCGAGUCAGCGGGUAGCUGCGUCGGGUCAAGUGUUUGCUGCUGCGUCCAGGUCUGGUCCUGAGUCUGCCCCCUGCUCGUAUCGCCUCCUGUCUCACAAGACUCUCUUGUGGCACCACCGUCUUGGCCACCCCUCCUUGCCACGUCUUCGGAGCAUGGCUUCCCGUGUCCUUGUCUCUGGUCUUCCCCAGCCCCUCCCUCCCCUUCCUUCGGGGCCUGGUCCUUCCUAUGUCCCCUGUGUUGAGGGGCGCCUCCGGGCUGCCACUCACUCCUCUCAGUUUCCCCCGACAGAGGCUUCGUUGCAGACGCUUCACAUGGACGUGUGGGGCUCGGACCGCGUCCGUGGACAGGGUCAUGAGCGCUACUUCCUGCUAAUGGUUGACGACUACUCGCGUUACACCACAUUCUUCCCCUUGCGCAGCAAGGGUGAUGUCACUGAGACCUUUACGCUUCCGGACUCUCCACAGCAAAAUGGGAUUGCUGAGCGCCGCAUUGGCAUGGUCAUGGACGUCGCUCGUACGUCCAUGAUGCAUGCGGCUGCCCCCCAUUUUCUGUGGCCGUUUGCGGUUCGGUACGCGGCGCAUCAGAUCAACCUUCACCCCCGGGUCUCCAGGCCGGAGACCUCCCCAGCCUUGCUGUGCACGGGGAAGGUCGGCGAUGUGUCUGCGUUCCGUGUCUGGGGAUCUCGGGCGUUUGUCCGCGACUUGUCUGCGGACAAGCUGUUCCCCCGUGCUGCUCCCUGUGUGUCCCAGGUAGACGCGGCCGAGCCGGUCGAGGUUACUGGUGACUCUGGUACUGCUGCGGGUGCUGAUCCUGGGGGUGCUGACUCUGGGGGUGCUGCGCGCGUGGGUACUGAGCCUGGGGGUACUGUGACUGGGGGUACUGAGCCUGAGGGUGCUGAGCCAGGGGGUGCUGAGCCUGGGGGUACUGCGACUGGGGGUGCUGAGCCUGGGGGUGCUAAGCCUCGGGGUGCUACGUCAGGAGCUACUGACCCAGGGGGUGCUGCGUCUGGAGCUGCUGAGCCUUGGGGUACGGAGCCUGCACCUGCUGGACCUCCCCUUGUGGCGUGUGGCGGUGCUGGGCCUGGAGGUUCGUCUAGGCGGGAGCCCCUCUCUCCACAGGAGCUGCGCGAGUGGUUUGCUCGCCGCUGGAGGCGUACUGAUGGAGCUGGAGCUUCUUCGCCCGCUGAGGGUGCUGCUGUCGCCGGUCCCGGAGCUGCUGGGCCUUCGGGUCCGCCUGGAGCUGGAGCUGCUGAGGGUGUUGGUGCUGAGACUGCUGCUGUCCUUCCGGGCGGUGGUCCUGCUGCGGGUGCUGCUGGUGCUGCUGGAGGUCCUGCAGUUGGAGGUGCUGUUGGCGCUGGUGCUGCCAGAGGUGCUGAGGAUGCUGGUGCUGUCCCUGCUGUGUCUGGAGUCGCCGCGCGGCCUCGGCCGUACUUUUUUCCGCUCCUUCAGCAGCCUGCGUCUCGUCCUCCGUCGCCUGUUUGUGCUGCUCGCGCUAGUGGUCGCGGUUCGCGUCAGCGUCCUCCCCCUGUCCCUGGCACGCACCGGAUGUCUCUGCGUCCGUCCACUGCUCCUCUGCGUGCCCCUUUGCCUUCUCCUCCUGAGUCCUCUCUUCCUGCACUGGCCGACCUGGAGUCGGACUCUCUUCAUGCUGCCAGUCCUACUGUCACGCGUCUCCUUGCUACUGUCGUCACUGACCAUUCUUUUGAGUCCAAUGCUGCGUCUGCUCUUGUUGCUGAGCUCGUCGACUUUGUUGCUCGCUGUCGUCUAGACUACGCUGCUAGUCUUGUUGCUGAGUCUGCGGCUGUCUGUCCUCCGUCCGUCGGGGACCCGGAUGCACUAGACAUCCCGACUCCGCGCUCUUACGUGGAGGCCGUAGAGGGUCCCUACUCCUCUCAAUGGCAGGCAGCUAUGGAUGUAGAGAUGGCUUCCUGGAAGUCCACAGGCACCUAUGUUGACGCGGUUCCACCUCCUGGGGCGAACAUCGUCAGUGGCAUGUGGAUCUUCAGGGUGAAGCGGCCACCGGGCUCUCCACCUGUCUUCAAGGCGCGGUAUGUCGCUCAUGGCUUCAGUCAGCGGCAGGGAGUUGACUACUUUCAGACCUUCUCUCCCACCCCAAAUAUGGCCACUCUUCGGGUGCUGCUGCACAUAGCCGCCCAGCGCGACUAUGAGCUUCACUCUCUUGACUUCAGCAUUGCUUUCUCGCAGGGUAGCCUGCACGAGGAGAUCUGGCUGCGCCGUCCACCUGGCUUCACUGGGACUUUCCCUCCUGGCACCCAGUGGAGCCUCCGACGGCCAGUCUACGGUCUCCGCCAGGCACCGCAUGAGUGGCACGACACACUGAGGACUACGCUUGCGGCUCUUGGGUUUGCUCCCUCUACUGCUGGCCCGUCGUUGUUUCUGCGCACUAACACCUCUCUGCUGCCGUUCUACAUCCUCGUGUACGUCGACGACUUGGUCUUUGCCACAGCUGACACUGCUGGACUCGCCUACGUGAAGUCCGAGCUGCAGAAGAGACACACGUGCACAGACCUCGGUGAGCUGCGUAUCUACCUUGGCUUGCAGAUCACCCGGGACAGAGCACGCCGCACCAUUACCUUGACUAAGUCACACAUGGUGCAGCAGGUCCUUCAGCGCUUCGGCUUCACGUACUCCUCGCCUCAGGCCACUCCUCUGUCUACUCGCCACUCGCUCUCAGCUCUGCCUUCGGAUGAGUCCGUAGAGUCGAGUGGCCCGUACCCAGAGCUUGUUGGCUGCCUCAUGUACGUGAUGACCUGCUCACAACCUGACCUUGCAUACCCUCUUAGCAUUCUUGCACGCUAUGUUGCUCCUGGGAGACACCGACCAGAGCACAUGGCUGCAUCGAAGAGGGUGUUGCGCUACUUGUGCAGUACGUCGGGCAUGGGGCUAGUGCUUGGAGGACGGAGUCCAGUGGUCCUCACUGGGCACGCGGACGCUUCAUGGGCUGACGACCAGGCUACUCAGCGGUCGUCCCAGGGUUACGCCUUCAGUCUUGGUUCCGGCUCUCUUUCGUGGCGGGCUACUCGCUCGUCUUCCGUUCUCGGCUCCAGUUGUGAGGCUGAGAUCUACGCCGGGGCCAUGGCUACACAGGAGCUUCGCUGGCUCACCUACCUGCUGACCGACCUUGGAGAGUUGCCUUGUUCCCCUCCAGUGCUGUACGUAGACAACAAGGCCAUGCUGGCCUUGUGUCGGGAGCAGCGCCUGGAGCACAGAACGAAGCACAUUGCUCUCCGUUACUUUCUUGCUCGUGAGCUGCAGCAGCGUGGUCAGUUGCGACUUGCGUACGUGGCCUCUGAGGCCAACACUGCUGAUGUUUUCACCAAGGCUCUUCCGCCUUGUGAUCAUCAGCGCUUCUGCACUCAGCUGGGACUUGUACCUGUCUUGCCUCACUUGCUCACCUCUUGA